AAUCAUGCAGAGGCAAUAGUCUCACCACGAACAAACAAAAAGAGAAAUAAAAAUGAGGGCAUCAGUUGUUGUUGUUCUCGUAACCGUUCUUUUCGCGACGGUUUUUCUAUCCGCCUCGUCGCUAAAACUUCCCGUCGCCAAAGAAUGGAAGCCGAUCAAGGACUUGCGAGGCGUGGACGUGACCGCGGUGGCGGAAGCCGCCGUGAAGCAGUUCAACGGGAAGCUGCCCUCCGGUAGCAAAGAGCAGCUGAAGCUGAAGAGCGUGGAGAACGGCGACGUGAAGGUCGUCGGCGACGGGAAGUUCGUUUACCGCUUACAUCUGAUGACAUACACAAACUGCGGCGUGGGACCCAGUAAGAAGGCCCAGCUUUACGAGGUGGUCGUCGGCGUCGCCGACGCCAAGUCCGGCGGUAAGAUGAAACAGCUUCUCGCCUUUUUGCCCGUACUGAAUUAACUAAGGGAAACCUUGAGAAGCUAACCGUUCGGCGUUUGAUACGAUUAAUCGUAAUAUAGUAUGGUUUAUGAAUUAUUGAAUUAUAUACAAUUAAGGAAUGAUAUUUCGUUUUCUCAAAUGAAAUACCAAAAAAAAAAAUAUAUUGUGUAAUAUCGUUCUUAAACUAAAAUAUAGCAUCUUUAAUCGAUACCUUAUUGACAAAAUAUCGUAGCCUAAUACAAAUUAAAUGGGUUAACUAAUAUGUCUUGGGUCUCGAGAGACGACAAUUACAAAAAAAAAAAAUUCUACACUUGUGUUCUGUAUUGGCUUAUGUGGAUUACAGAAGCUAUGCGCAUGAACGGUGAAUCCUAAUCAGUGAGAUAAUUUAGUGUCUAAUUAAUCGACUAUCAUGAAAGUCAAAUUUUUUUUGUAUAACCUAGUUGAAGGAUGCUCAAUUUGAAGUGAGUGAACAAAAUUUCAUACUCGUAGAUAUAUAUACAUAUAGAAUUAUGUAGAAUGCCGUAGAAGAUUUUCUCGUUAUUAGAAAUCUGGAAAAAAAUAAUAGUUCGUGCUAAGGAAUUUGAACCCCUUGUGGCCAAGAAGUAGGCCAAGGCCUAAUGGUAGAAUUUUCAAUUAUAUUUUGAAGGUUGAAAGGUCGCCAUGUGGGUGACUCGGUUAUUUCUAAAUAAUACAAAAAUAUACGUAAUUGAGGAUAUCCGCCCGAAUCCGACUUAAUUGGGUAGGAUUAGCACCCUAUCCGAUCCUGGGGUCCAUGUGGGUGACUCGCGAUUAAUAUCUUCUGGUUCAAUUGUAAAAUCUACCCUAUAUGGUACUACAAUCCAUAAGAUUGUAAAAAAUCUACAUAUAUGGUACUACAAUCUAGUUUGAUCCCUCAAUGAUAUUAUCUGGUUUGUGAUGCACAAACCACCAUUAAUUAACAAGGAUUUCCCUAAAUAAAUCCCAGAUACACAC